GUACUGUAUCUGUCGUCUACACUGAACCAUUGGUAUAAUUCAACCAGCAGUGACUGAAACAGUUUUGACUUGUUCUAGGCGGAUGUGAUUUUUCGCUGUUGUGUUUACGUUUAUUGUGAAAUAUGAACUUUAUUACAGUAACUGUAUUUCUUAACGGAAUUACGUACACAUUGUGUGACUGUGGCAGCCUGCCCGUCGUGGAGAAUUCAUCCAACAAUGCCACAGUGCAGGGCACAUACCCAAUCGGCUAUGGUGUAAGAUAUACGUGUAAUGUGGGGCAUGAGCCAGACGGGAUUGUCAUGAUUGUGUGUGGUGGCGGGGGCUGGCAGACGUCCCCGCUCCGGUGUCGGGAGGUCUACUGCCCAGCUCUUAAUCCACCAGAUAACGGAAGGAUUGUGGGCUCCCCUUCGUACAAAGUUGGUAGCUAUAUAACUUACGAGUGCAAUGAGGGUUAUAUCAUACAUGGAACCUCUCAUGUGACGUGUCAGGGGGAUGGGACUUGGAGCACCAGACCAGUGUGUAAAGGUAUCUCUUGUCCACCAUUCAAGGGUAUGGACUCGAACUGUGUAGACAGGUCCUUAUACUACAGUACUUUAUACUACAUGACCUGCAGUAAUGUUCCUCACACCAGAGUUGCCGGGCCGACUGAAGAUGAGCCGAACGUUUGUCAGAAUGAUGGAUCAUGGCAGUUUCAGGAGUUUGCCUGCUACUGCAGCUGUAACCUGACCGGUUAUGACAGUAACAUCAUGACGAUAAGCAACCUUACGCACGGAUACCUGCCCCACGGGAACGUCCUGCAGUGGUCGUGUUCGCACAACUGCAACAAAACAACUGACGACCUACGGUGUCUGGACGGAUGGAUGACCAUGCCGCAGUGUGACUGCCCUUUACCAUAAAUAUGACAACAUCUGUCAGAACCGAUGGAAACUCUACGCUCAGCUAUAAGUCACGACCCUUUCCCAUCGAUAGUACACCCUAUGAAAAAAACAGAUGGAAGCACAACAGUCAGUCCCCAUACCAGGGCCAGAAAUAUGACACUCGAUGGCAAAAUAAAUGGAAACACCACUAGUAUUGUUGAUAAUAAAAUGCUUGAAGUAAUUUUUAUCAUGAGAUGCUAGCAGUAAUCUCUGUCAUGAAAUGUUUGCAGAAAUCUUUAUCAUACCAUGCUUGCAAUAAUCUUCAUCAUUAAAUGCUUUUAAUUAUCUUUAUCAUGAAAUGCUUGCAGUAAUCCCUGUCAUGCUAUUCUUGUGGAAAUAUUUAUCAUACGAAGCUUGCAAUAAUCAUAAUUAUAAAAUCCUUGUAGAAAUCUUCAUCAUAAAAUGCUUGCAGUAAUCUUCAUCAUGAAAUGCUUGCAGAAAUCUUCGUCAGGACAUGCUGGUCUUCAUCAAUUAUUGUCAGCAGUUUUAAUCUUCCAUCUCUCUCAGAAAUUUCAGCUGUUCUGUCAAAUAAGUCACUUUCAUAACCUAAAAUGUUUACUUACAUUUCUUUAAUACUAUGCUGUGUUUUGGACCGAUAAACUGCCGGCAUACAUCACAUGCUAAUUCGUGUUCUAGUAAAUUUUUAAAUAUGAUUUUUUGUCAUCAUAUCAAAGUCAUUAUUUAUCACAAGGAAGCAUACACUUCCUCAAAAGUAUCAUGGACAUGUGACACCAUGGCUGACAUCAUUUUAAUUUUAGUCCUAUUUCCUGCUUAUGUUUGCUAUAUCACUACACGUCGGCUUGUUAAAGUUCAUGUAUUCAUUAUUCACAUAGAAGCAUGAUGUUAAAUGAUCUCAAACAGGAGCAUGCUCUGUGCUUAUAAUUAUAUCUAAGUAUCUCACAUUCAAUAUUGUGAUUUCUUUAUGCAUGAUGUCUUCUCAUGAGUAGACGUAGAUUAUAUAUAAAUAUUCAUAAUAAAAACAUACUAAAAACUA